AUGAGUAAAAAUGGGAUGAAUUGUGCGAAAAUGGAAAAUGAUGCGUAUAUUUGUUCGUCGUGGUUGUAUAAUGGCAUAUUCAAACAUAUCCAAAAUGAUUUGUCAGAUAUAUGCUGUAGUUUGGGCAUAUCAACUGAGGGAAACAAAGCGGACCUCGUGCAGAGGUUAAAGGAUUACCAAGUAAAGAGUUCUCAUGAAAGGAAUGUAGAAAAAGGGAAAUUCUCAAAUGAUGGGUUACAAAUAAGCAUUGAUAAUGAAUCAGUGGUAUCUACAAUUAUACAGAAAAUGAUGAAAUUAGAAAAAGCAAUGUUGGAUUUUAAUGAUAAGUUAAAUUCAAUGGCACUGCAAGUUCAAGAGACAC